UAUUAAAUACGUUUACUGUAAACAACUUUUGAGCAUUUCGCGUUAUGCAGGGCAGUUAUAUUUUGUGAGAAAAUGUAAGACCCUAUAUAAUAUUUGAGUACGUCGCAGAUUUGAGGUAUUGGCACCAAUUAUCUGUUACUUGUACGUGUCAAUAUUAACUUUUUGAGUGUACACAUGUUCCACUUUUGUCCAGCAAUAUUUUAAAAAUGAAAUCGUUUGUAAAUUAUCUAAUUAGUUUACUUUCAACUCUCAAGCGUGAAUGGCAAAAAAUUUGAGAAUAUAAGAAACUGUAAGUGUUUUUAUUAUACAGACAUACUUAUUUAAAAAUAAAAAAUUUAGGCCCUUUUUUUGCAAAUUUAAGGGCAAGAGACAAAAGUGGUACAUGUUUGCAUUCAACGUCCCUAAAAAAUAAGUGUGCACUCAAAGGUUAUAUUAAACCAUGACCAUAAUAACUACGUUUAUAUAAAAAGCUUUCAAUAAAUUCUCAACAAUAACUUAAAAAUUAAUUCCACAUUUCCAAUAUCAUUCCGCCAUUAACCAAUUCAAUAAGGCGGUCGGUCGGUCAUAUGCUGUUCACAUCAAAUUAUUUCUUUAAUUGAUUUAUUUGUCUUAUUUAAUUUUCAAAUAUUCCAAAUUGUGUGAAACCAUAUAGACAAACAAAAAGAAACUCAAAAAAAAAAAAACAAAAAAUAACAAAUGGAAAAUAUUGAAAUUUUUUUUUUUUUGUAAAAUAUAAAAAUUUAGUGUUUCAAAAUAUGAGUACAAAAAUAUAAUGAAAAAUAUACAAAAAAAAAAGAAAGGAAAAAUAUGAAUAAAUAAAUAAAUAAAAAAAAAUGCUUUAUGAUGAAUUAUUUUCCCAUUAAUAUUCACACAGAAAAAAAAAAAUUAUUAAUAAUGUUUAAAAAAUACAUUUUUUUUUGUGUUUGUUUUUUAAAGUAAAUAAAUAAUUAAAAAAAAAAAAAUUUAAAAGAAAAUUGUCAGCUGGCUGUUAAACUCAUGUUAUUCUUCGUUCUCCUCGUUGCUCUUUGCCCCAUUUCUCUUCAUUAAAAAAAAAACGAAUAGAAAUUACUAAAAAAAAAUUAAAUAUUUAAAAAAAGAAAGAAAAAAAUUGAUUCUUUCAUCUGUGAAUGAAAAUGUGAAAAGUGAUUUUUAUAAUUAUUCUAAAAUCUACAUACAAACAAACAUAAAAUAAGGUGUACAAAAAACACAAAUUAAAUGCAAAUUGGAAAAAAAAAUAAUAAUUUUUAAAGACAGGCAAAAUUGUGGAAGAAGAAUUCGGAUUUUCACUUCUAGAACAAUAGAAUCAAUAUGACCAAAUUCAUUUUAUGCAUUUUUAUUAAUUUUAUAAAAAAUAAAUUUAGAUCAAAUUUAAAUAUGUAAAAUUAUUUUAAAUGUUAAAUACAAAGAAAGAAUUAAAUAAAACUAUAAUAUUAUUAUAUUUUAGAAAUUCAAAAACAUGUAAGAAAAAAAUUUAUAUAAAAUAAAAUUCACCAAUUACCCGCCAAUAUAAUGGCGGGUAAAAAUAAUGGUGACCUUUAAAUAAUAUAUAAAUAAAUAAUUAUUAUUCUCAUUGUAAACUAAAAAUCUCAACAAAAUAAAAACAAAAAAAAUUAAUAUAAAAAUUAAUAUCAAACUAACUAAUAUAAGGAAAUGUUCUUGAACUUUUUUUAAAAAUAAUGGAGGAAAUUCUUCAAAAAUCAAUAACAACCACCACCACUAAUUCUAGUCUUUUAUUAUCAUCUGUUAUAAUUGAUAAUUCAAAUAUUGUUAAUAAUAAUAGUAUAGAUAUAAUAAUAAAUAAUAAUAAUAAUAAUAGUUACUAUUAUGAUUGGCCAACAAAAUGUAUUAAUUUAACUAAUACAAAUAAUAAUAAUAAUAAUAAUAAUUGUCGUCAAAUCGAUUAUAAUGAAUAUUAUAAUAGUAAAGGUUAUAUUAAUCAAAUAAAAUAUAUAAAUGUUACAAAUGAUAGUAAUAUAAAUGAUGAUAAUUAUUGGCAUGAAAAAAGUCAAAAUAAUUAUUGGGCAUUAUUAGCAUUAAUAUUAGUUUUUGGUACAGCUGCUGGUAAUAUAUUAGUAUGUUUGGCAAUUGGAUGGGAGAGACGUUUACAAAAUGUUACAAAUUAUUUUUUAAUGUCAUUAGCUAUAACUGAUUUAAUGGUUGCAAUAUUAGUUAUGCCAUUGGGUAUAUUAACACUUUUUGUUGGUUAUUUUCCAUUGCAUUCAGAACACUGUUUAGUUUGGAUUUGUUUAGAUGUCCUUUUUUGUACAGCUAGUAUCAUGCAUUUAUGCACAAUAUCAGUGGAUCGAUAUUUAUCGUUACGAUAUCCGAUGAGAUUUGGACGAAAUAAAACAAGAAGACGUGUUACGUUAAAAAUUGUUUUUGUAUGGCUUUUAUCAAUUGCAAUGAGUUUGCCACUUAGUUUAAUGUAUUCAAAGAACCAUGCAUCCGUAUUAGUAAACGGUACGUGCCAGAUUCCGGAUCCUGUAUACAAAUUAGUUGGUUCAAUUGUUUGCUUUUACAUUCCACUUGGUGUUAUGCUAUUAACAUAUUGUUUAACUGUACGUUUAUUAGCAAGACAACAACAAAAUUUAGGUGGUAGUAAUCCACCAGCAAGUGGAUGGGCUAGUGGAUGGCUUGGUCAAACACCAGGUUUAGAAAGACGUUGUACGUGGCGUAGAUUACUUAAGGCAGGUCAUUCAACAACACCAAAUCAUGGGCAUUCAGCUGCAUCAACUGAUACAGAAUUAUCAAAUUUAGAUACACAUGAGUUAUGGCUACCAGACUCAAGGAUAUUCCAUUCAAUGAAUUGCAUAUGUUGUGUUGUUAUAUAUAGCAUACCAGAGCCGACGCCAUCAACAAUGACCGCUUUACAUCAAUUUGGCGCUGAAAUGUUAAAAUUAUCUCGUGGUCUUGAAUCAGUAUCUACUUCAAUAUCUGAUUCACCAAUACCAUCAAGAUCAGUACAACAUUCAACUUCAGAAACAUUACAACCAAUUACUUACAAAGCAACAAAUGAAAUAAAUAACCAAAACAGUACAAAUAAUAUUACACCAACAGUAUUGAGCGCAACAGUAGAAACGGGAAACAAAAUAUUAACAACAUCCGUAAUUAAAGGUUUAAGCAAACAAUCUGAUCAACUUUGUGAGUAUGAACAAGAAGAAAAAUUUAAUAAACAAAAUAGUGUAAAUGAAAGUUGUCAAGAAAUUUAUCAAAAUGAUCGACUAGACAAUAAUCAAGAUAGAAUUGACGAAGAUGAAGAUCUAUAUGAUAUGGAAAAUAUUGAACGACGUAAUUCAUCAUCAUUUCCGUCAACACAUCGUCAACUUAUGAAUUUCAAAAAAAGACGAAGAGCAUCAACAUCAAGUCCAGGAAAAAAAUAUGAAUCUCCUGGUACUCCACCACCAUUUUAUAGACGAAGAUUUUUUAGUUUACCAAAAAAUUCUUUGGAACCAUUAAUGAAACAAUCUUUGCAUUCCAAUAAUGAUACUACUUGCAAAGAUUCAAAUAAAAAAUGCAAAAAUUUAAUAAAUGAAAAUAAACAAAGAAGUAGCGGUGAACAUUUAGAAUCAAUUUUAAAGAAAAGUAGCCAAUCAUCUUCUAUGAGAAGUACAAAACAACAGCAUUGUUAUGAUAAGAAUCGUCAUAUGACUGAUCAUUCGGAUUAUUUACAACUCCCACCGCCUUGUACAUGUCCAUAUUUUGGUGAUGUACCAAUUAAAAGUGCUUUAAAACAAACUGAAGUAAAAAUAUUAUCAUCAACAAAUAAUAGCUUUUCUACAAUAUCUUUAUCAUCAACAUCAUCGUUAUUUCCAGCAACAAGUCCAACACCAAUAACCACAACAAAAAUCUCUUUAAAAAAUGUAGAUGAUAUUUCUCAUAUCAAUAAAUCUGAUACAACUGCAACAUUAUCUAACACAUGUUUACAACAGCAUAAUAAUAAUAAUAAUCAAAGUAUAAGUAAUGUAUUGAAUGCAAAUACUUGUAAUAUGAAUAUGAAGAAAUCUUCACCAAACAAUAGCUAUUUAUCGUUACCACCACCAACACCAGUACGUAAAUUAAGUUAUUCUAAAACAGCGUCUGUUGUAACAUGGGAUUCACAACGUAAUAAAAGACGUGGUUCAAGUUUUGGUGGUGCACGUACAACAUUAUUAUUAACUCCUACAAAAGUUCCUUCAUCAACAUCAAUAUCACAUCAUCAUCAUCAACAUCAUAAUCAUCAUCAUCAACAACAUAUUUCAUCAUUGCGACGUUCAACAACAUUGCGUCAUCAUAAUCAUAUUAAUUAUUUAAAUGGUUCUAAUAACACGGGUAGCGUUAGUUGUGUCGGUGGCAGUACUAUUGAUACUGGCAUUAGUAAUAUAAAUUCAAUUAAUGGUCAUGAUAGUGAUACAGUAACACAAUCACCAUUAAAAUCAAAUAAAAUUUCAUCUUCACCGUGUCUAUUGCAGCGAAAUGCGACAGUACGGUCACAUCAUUCCCGUAAUUCUUCAGUAAUAUCAAGAAAUUCAUCACGUCAUGGCCGUAUUAUUAGAUUAGAACAGAAGGCAACUAAAGUACUUGGUGUUGUUUUUUUCACUUUUGUAAUACUUUGGGCACCAUUUUUUGUACUCAAUUUAUUACCAACAGUUUGUGGUGAUUGUGAAGAAAAAAUUUCACAUUGGGUAUUUGAUAUUGUUACGUGGCUAGGUUAUGCCAGCUCAAUGGUUAAUCCAAUUUUUUAUACAAUAUUCAAUAAGGUUUUUCGUCAAGCAUUUAAAAAAGUUUUACUAUGUCAAUAUUCACGUACCGGAACGCAAGGUUCUGCAGCUGGAUUCAAUCAUUGGAGACCAAAAAGGUAGCAUCAACAAAAUGUUAAGAGUAAAGACAAAUCAUUUUUUUAAGAAAAAAAUGUAGAAAAAGAAAUAAAAAUUUGAUCAUAAAAUUAAAAACAACAAAAUUAUAAUAAAAUCUUAUUAUUUUAUAAGUGUAGCUAAAAAAAAAAAAAAAAUUACAAAUGUUGCAAAUUUAGAUAAGAGAAACUACCUUAUAGAAAUAGGAACAGAAAAAUAAAUGUGUAGUAAUUAUAAUAAGGAUUAGAUUAUUAUUAAAUUGUGGAUAUUUUGUAUAUUCAACCAAAAAAAAAAUAGUAAAUUAAGAAAACUAAUUCGCUGUUAAAGAAAUGUACACGUGCAUGCGUUUAUAAUUUUACAUUAUUAAUAUAAAAUUCAAUUUUCUUCUUUGAUUAAUUUGUAACAUCGCAUAUAACAAGUUGUUUCUUUUGUAUAUUUUAUUCAUUUCUCUUCUUUAAUUAUUUUCAUAUGAAAUUUUCAAUAAAAUUCAGUCAUUGUAGGAUUUUGAAUAUAUACGAAGAUAAUAGGGCUUAGUACCACUUUAAUAUUAAAAACAAAAAACCCAAAAUUUAAAGAAAUUUUUCAAUAUCAAAAAACUAUUAAACUUAUUUUAACAACAGCCUACAUUUCGAAAGACUGAAUCAAAUCCUUUCAGUAUUCAUUUGACGGCAUCUUUAAGAGCUCGGUUUUUUUAAAAAUGUUAUUAAAUCUUGAAGCGUAAAACGACUAUUUGCUGUAUUUAUUGC